AUGGGUACUCUUCCUACAUGGCUGUCUGCCCUGCUGCUACUGCUAUGGACUGCAGCUGCUCAAUCCCCAGCUAUCGAUGUCGCUGGCAUUGCAGCAGAUCCCACCCCUCAUGGCCCAACCAUGUCAGGAACCCCAGCUGAUUGCAACCGAUGGUUCACUAUCAAAAAGGGUGAUACCUGCUAUGAUUUGGAAAAGGCGUUUGGACUCACUCCUCAGCAAUUCCAGCAGUGGAACCCUGCAGUCUCCCGUGAUUGUCUGGUCAACUUCUGGCCGGGCUACGCAUACUGUGUGGGCGUUGGACCAGUAGCGAUUCCAACAUCUGCAGACACUGCUCCUCCUGCUCCGACCAUGACUGGUAUCGCGGCAAAUUGCAACCGUUGGUACACUGCUCAGAAAGGAGACAAUUGCUACGCAGUGGAGAAAGCAUUCGGGCUCACUCCGCAGCAAUUCCAGCAAUGGAAUCCCGCCGUCUCCCAUGAUUGCCUGGUCAACUUUUGGCCGGGUUACGCAUACUGCGUGGGAGUUGGACCGGUAGCAAUUCCGACAUCUGCAGACACUGCUCCUCAUGCCCCAACCAUGACUGGCAUUGCAGCAAAUUGCAACCGGUGGUACACUGCCCAAAAAGGAGAUUACUGUUAUGCAGUAGAGAAAGCAUUCGGGCUUACUCCGCAGCAGUUUCAGCAGUGGAAUCCCGCUGUCUCGUUGGACUGUCUGGUCAACUUCUGGCCCGGAUAUGCUUAUUGCGUGGGUGUUGGGCCGGCCGCAAAUGGUCCUCAUGGUCCUACUAUGCCAGGGAUUGCCCCAAAUUGCCUUCAGUUUUAUACUGCCAAGAAGGGUGAUACUUGCUACGCAGUCGAGAAGGCUUUUGGCAUCACCCCCCAGCAAUUCCAGCAGUGGAAUCCGGCUGUCUCUCAGGACUGCUUGGUCAAUUUCUGGGCAGAUUAUGCGUACUGCGUGGGCGUUGGGCCGGUUGCCCCGACUUCGACUUCGACUGUGACAGCGACAGCGACUUCGGCUUCGACGACAACGAGUUCAACCACUUUGACUACGUCCACUACUUCGACAACUGUCCUUCCUACGUCUACUAUCUCAACUACUUGGACUACUGGUACGUCGACCACUUCGACAACUUUCCUUCCCACAUCUACUACCGCGAGUACGUGGACUACCGGCACGUCGACCACUUCGACUAGUUUGUCCCCUACGACUGUUUUCACCACAUUCACCACCACGCUCACUUUGACCACAACCUUGACUUCGAAUGGUCAGACUACGGUAAUAGUUACUACCACUGUGACUACAACUGUUAGCCCGUCUACAACUCUUGGUACUUCAACUACAUUGACAACGGCCCUGCCCCCAUCGGGCACGUCUAGUACCACUACUUCGACUUCGAGUGUUCCCACUACUUCUACCUCAAGUGCUUCGACCACGUUGACCACUUCAACCACCUUGAGCACGCCCAAACCUUCUACCACUUCCAACCCACCCACGUCAACUCCAAGUACAUCCCGCACUUCAACUACGUUGACCAGUCAAAGUACUCCUGUCACUCCCACCACUCCCAGAACUUCAACCUCUACAAUCCCCCGUUCGCCCUCUAUCACACCUACUCCUAGCUCACGCCCACCAAUUAGCCCCUUCCCCAGCACAAUGGUCACGACCAACGUGACCUACUCAACCCGCAACCCCAUCACCUCAUACAACCAGACCAUAACUCCCAUUGACACCGCAUGGCCUCCGACCAAGACCCAUCCUGGCCAGCCCAAAGACUGUGACAAAUGGUAUUUAGUUGCGCCAGGAGACACCUGCAGGUCAAUUUACCAGCGCCACGGCAACAGCAUUACCAUGGACGAGCUACUGGAAUGGAACCCCGACCUUAAAGCAGACUGCGACUACCCCAUCGCCGGCUACUGGGUGUGCGUGGGUAUCAAACGCCCCGCCCUAACCAUAAUCUAUCCCACCACCAACGACACAGUCCCCGAUCCCACUCCCUGGACGCCGCGUCCCACUCCAACGGAGACAUCCGUCUACCCACCCACCAAAACCCAACCCGGUCUCGCCCCAAGCUGCUCUGCCUUUUACGAAGCUCAGCCUUCCGACACCUGCGACCAAAUCCUCGCCAGCAACCCCAUGCUGAAAUUCCCUCUUCUGUUGGAAUGGAACCCAGCCCUGAAAGCAGACUGCUCCGGUAUCCUACCAGGCUACUCCUACUGCAUCGCAGCCUACAACGACACCAACCGCCCCUCCCCGCCCACCGUCACUACUCAGCCCUAUCCGCUAAAGCCAGGCACAGCCAAGAACUGCACGGCCUGGUACAAGAAGGAUGAUGGUGAUACGUGCGACUUGAUCGUGGAGAUGUUCGGCACGUUCGAUAAGGCUCAGUUCGUGGCGUGGAAUCCUGAUAUCGGUGUUCAUUGCUAUGGUUUGGAGAACGGCUAUUACUACUGCGUCGCCGACCCCAGCACUCCCAAGACCCGAACAAGGCCCGUAAUUACUGCCAUGAGCUUCCCCACGGCCCGUCCGCGUCGUCAACCGGGAGUUACUAAGGACUGUAUUAAAUGGUGGCUUGUGUCGAUUCACGACGACUGCUACGACAUCAUGCACUUCAACGGCAUCACUAUGGCAGAUCUGUAUACAUGGAAUCCGGCUCUCUCGGGGAAGAGAAACUGUCUCGAGGGGUUGGUUCCUGAUACGGAGGUUUGUGUGGGAGUUUCGUCGUCGUCGUCUACUACUGAUACUGCUGCUCCGUCGAGUACAGCUCCUGGUGCUUCUUUUAGCACUGGGUUGGUUACAGUUAUUGGGGGAAGAGAUUAA